AUGGGGUCAGAGCGGCUGGAGAUGCGCAAGAGACAGAUGCAAAUGCACCAGGAAACCGCGGCCAGUGUCCUCCAAUCACAGCACAGGAUGGGGAACAUGCCCACCAACGCCUCCAAUGCCUGUUGUUUCUGCUGGUGUUGCUGCUGCAGCUGCUCCUGUCUGACUGUUAUGACAGAGGAUGAGAGGAUUCAAAGAAACACCUAUGAGAGGAGGACAGAGGGAAUCGCAAACUAUGAUGACAGCCCCAAGCCUACUCUGGAGGAUGCGACAAUGUGGACCAUGUCGUUUGAGAGGCUGAUGAAGAGCCCCGCAGGGCGGGGCUGCUUCCGACAGUUCCUAAGGACAGAGUUUAGUGAAGAGAACAUGAUGUUCUGGUUGGCCUGCGAAGAGCUCAAAAAGGAGACCAACAAAAUUGUGGUGGAGGAGAAAGUACGACAGAUCUAUGAGGGCUUCAUUUCUAUCCUCUCCCCUAAAGAGGUGAGUUUGGACUCACGUGUUCGAGACGUGAUCAACAAGAACAUGCUGGAGCCCACGUCCCACACCUUUGAGGACGCCCAGCAGCAGAUCUACACGCUGAUGCAGAGAGACUCAUACCCACGCUACAUGAACUCUACAGCGUAUGCAGAUUUACUGCAGGACCUGGAAGAACCACCACCUGCCACAGAGCCAUAGACUUUCAUUCUCCAUCAAUCACUCUACACAUUGCUUUUAGAUGACACUUGUGUAUCUUAGGUCCAGCUUUCAGUUACAGUUCACAUGAUGAUUGAUCAAUCUAUUUACAAAAAUGUCUAUAUUAAGGUGUAACUACUGUUUACUACCUUAAAUAUUGGCUUUCCAAAAUCCUCAAAGCGAGCAAGAACAUACGCUGUAUUCCAAUUCAGAUUGCAAGAUGUUUCCAAAUAUAUUUAUAUUUUUAUAUUGCCUAGCACUUGACAUUGCACUUUUCUAUAGUUUUAUGAGGGGAAAGCAUGUUGUAUCUGUUAGCAUUGCAUUUGUGUGUAGUUCUAUUGUCAGACUUAAAGUAUUUUCAGUUAUUUUUUAUGAAAUCUAAUUUCACUUAAUAUUAAGAAGACAUGGGAAAGUGCCUUGGCAUGAGAUCGUUUACCACUACAACUUCAACAUACAGUACCAGUCAAAAGUUUGGGAACACCUACUCAU